GCGACACAAGGCCACCGGGCAGGUGGUGAGCGGGAUGAAAAAAGAUCCGCCUGGAUGAGUUGAGGGGAGGGAGGGGGGUUCCAGCACUGCUGUCAGAGUGGUGUCUCUGCUGCAGGAACAACAUCCCAACGUAGUGCGACUCCUGGAUGUUCUGAUGCAGGAGUCUCGUCUCUACCUCAUCUUUGAGUUCCUGUCCAUGGACCUGAAGAAAUACCUGGACUCUAUCCCCUCAGGCCAGUACAUGGAGCCUAUGCUGGUCAAGAGCUACCUUUACCAGAUAUUGGAGGGCAUUUACUUCUGUCACUGUCGCCGUGUCCUCCACCGAGACCUUAAACCGCAGAACCUUCUGAUAGACAACAAGGGUGUUAUCAAGCUGGCCGACUUUGGCCUGGCUCGGGCAUUUGGUGUUCCUGUCAGGGUCUACACCCAUGAGGUGAGAACCCAUUCACACAGCACAGGAUUCAUGGAGUGA